AUGGCCUCUCUGUCAGAGAAGAAUCUGUGCUGUCCUGUCUGCUGUGAUAUCUUUCAGUGUCCUGUCCUUCUGUCAUGUAGCCACAGCUUCUGUAAAAACUGUCUGGAUAGCUGGUGGAAGGAGAAACAAAUGCGUGAAUGUCCAGUUUGUAGAAGAAGGUCUUCAAAAGAUCCUCCUUUAAACAUGGCGUUAGAGAAUCUGUGUGAGGAGUUCUCACAGGACAGAAAAACAGGACAGAAAGCUUCAGAGCUGCUCUGCAGUCUACACUCUGAGAAACUCAAACUCUUUUGUCUGGACCAUCAGCAGCCAGUGUGUCACAUCUGCAAAGAUUCCAAAACACACACCGACCACAGAUUCAGACCCAUCGAUGAAGCUGCACAUGAUCACAGAGAGGAGCUCCAGACAUCCCUGAAGCUCUUACAGAGCAAACUGGAGCUUGUUAAGGAAGUUAAAUUGAAGUUCGAUCAAACAGCAGAACAUAUUAAGGUCCAGGCCCGGCACACGGAGAAGCAGAUUAAUGGGCAGUUUAUGAAGCUUCAUCAGUUUCUGGACGAUGAAGAGGAGGCCAGGAUGGCUGCCCUGAGGGAGGAAGAGGAGCAGAAGAGUCAGAUGAUGAAAAAGAAAAUUGAGGUCCUGAGCAGAGAGAUCGAAGCUCUUUCAGACACAGUCAGAGCCACAGAGGAGGAGCUGAGAGCGGAAGAUGUCUCAUUGUUGCACAACUUGAAGGCUGCAGAGGCAAGAGUCCAGCAGCGCCCCCUGCAGGAUGAUCCAGAGCCGCUCACAGGAGCUCUGAUAGACGUGGCCAAACACCUGGGCAACCUGACCUUCAACAUCUGGGACAAGAUGAAGGAGAUGGCCUCCUACACUCCUGUGAUUCUGGAUCCAAACACUGCAGGGCUUCAUCUCAUCAUGUCUGAAUAUCUGACCAGUGUGAGAUGUGGGGAGACACGGCAGCUCCCUGAUAACCCAGAGAGGAUUAGCGAUCACUUCUGUGUCCUGGGCUCCGAGGGAUUUAACUCAGGGUCUCACAGCUGGGAUGUAGAGGUUGGAGACAAUACAUGCUGGGCACUGGGUGUGUUAACAGAGUCCAUCUGCAGGAAGGGACUCAUGCAAUCUGGAUUAUGGAGAAUAAGGUUUUCUAAAGGUGAAUACUCAGCAUGGUCACUACCGGCUCGACCUAUUGUUCUCCCACUGAAGGAGAAGCUCGAGAAAAUCCGAGUAAAUCUGGACUGGAAAAAAGGAGAGCUGUCAUACUCCGAUCCUGAUACUAACACACACAUACACACCUUCACACACACUUUUACUGACAGGCUGUUUCCAUUCUUUAACACAGGGGAUAUUGUCCCACUACAGAUACUGCCAGUGGGGGUCUCUGUAACAGUGGAACAGAGCAGAUAG